AUGAAACAGCACUUCAACCGCGAUCUUGAUCAUCAUAAGCUUCGGGGAUACGUUCUAAGGCGUGGAAAGCCAUUCAUUGAAUCAGCCAAGCCGGCAAAAUCGGCGCAUAUGCAACGUGAAAGGCUAACGCUUGAUGGCCAUCGGGAGCAGGUCGAGUCCCAAGUCAUCAUUGACCUCCAGCUUGCCUUCAACCACCAAAUAAAUAGCAGACCGAAGAUAGGACUAGACGACGUCGUGAGCAAAAGAUGA